AUGAAAACUAAACUGGCUGAUAGAAUAAUGCAAACAAAACCAAAGAUUCUACUUUCUCUAAUAAUCUAUAAAUGCAAAUUAAACUUUGGGAUAACAGUAGUAAAAACGUCGGCAUUACCUGUAGAUAAACUGAGCUCUUUCUUAUCCAUUCAAACUGGUCCAUUGAUAGUAAAAAGUCCAUUGAUAGUGAUUAUUCCUAUUGCUGCCAACCCACUGUUCCUUUUUUUUUUUUUUUCUAUGAGAUACAAACUGGAAAAAAAAACAGAACUUAUUAAAUUACAGGGAAGUGAAUGGAGAGAAUCUGGUAAAUUUCCAAGGGUUACCCUAUGUGAUUUUGAAAUUCGAGUUGUUGGAAAUGUUCAUCGACAUACUGUCCAGUGUGUGCUCGUCAUUAAUAUGUUUACCGAAAAAAUUUUUGUUUUUCUUUGGCUAUGGUUAUUUCUCUUAUCGUUAGCCACACUGAUCAACCUAAUUGUUUGGACAUUUUCAUUGGUGUUCACAAAUUGGCGGCAUGCAUUUAUCACCAAAUUUUUGGAAUGUGAAUCCGAGGAUACAUAUCGCUUUGUGCAAAAUUUUCUUCGCCCGGAUGGCGUUUUUCUGCUACAUAUGAUAUGUGCACAUGCCGGUUCAAUUAUGUGUGCACGUUUGACAGAAUCGUUAUGGGUAAAAUUUUUACAACGUAAUGGUAAAAUGGUACCACCAUAUGAUCGACAAAAAUCGGCUGAAAAUUUGCCAGUAGUAAAAGAGAUAAGUAAAUCAAGAUCGUCUGCCGAACCAAGCUGGCACGAGCCAAGUUUACCGCCGCCGAUGCCAAUUCUUGCUACUACACCCCAUCUAAUUCCCGACAACGAUUACGACGAUAACAACAACAGCAACAAAAUGUUGCUAGAAAAAGCUCUUUUUUUCGUAAAGAACGUCAGUUUAAUGAACGUUGCUGAAAAUCAUCAGUUUUAUUUGAUGUACAGCAAUUCAUGA